GACCAAUUGAAGCCACGAAAGCCGUCCGACAAAGUGAAGCCCAUCGCCGGACUCAAGAGUUUUGUGUCCAAUAAAUUUGUUCAAUUCAUUGAAGGCUAUGAACGCAUUCUCGAGAAGCGCUUCCCGAAGACGUUUAAGAUAUACCAAACACUGUUUGUCACACAAAUAAUAGGCGCUAAAGAUUUCUACAAAGAUAUCGUCCAACACUUCCAGAUAUCGAAACAACUCUUCGACGGCAAACGUCUCAACGAAUUAAGUUAUAGCGAACUUAUGAUAUAUUAUAAGACACCGAAAGACAUGGCACGAGUGGGUCCCGUGUUGUUGGUGUCGGCGCUCCCGUUCGCCAAUUACGUGGUCUUUCCGCUCGCCUUUAUGUUCCCGAAACAGCUCUUGUCCUCACAUUUCUGGUCAUUAGAACAAAGACAACUGUUUCAGACACAGGACCACACGAAGCGGUUAUACUAUUUCCGACCCGUUUUCAGACACAUUCAAAGACGGCUCCCGUCUGUCACACACGACAACAAACUUCAAGUGAAGUGUCGUCAGGUGUUCGCACAGAUCGGGAGCGGAACUCAUCCCAGUGUUGACCGCAUAUUAGACAUUAAGCCCGCAUUCGUUAGCAAACCCUAUGGAGCGAAACACUUGAAGUCUAAGCAUUUGUCAGAUUUAUGUCGGAUGUAUGGCUUGAAUGCCUUUCCAUUGGGCAGAAGGAGUCGACUUAUAAAACACAUGGGAUUUGUACGUGAAUUAGAUUUGGCAAUCGAUAGGACAGGCAUUCAAACGCUAAACUUGGAUCAAAUCAAAACAGCCUGUUUUAUGAGAGGUUUGAAUCCAAUAGAGUUGAGUAAAGAAGAGAUGAUAGCAUGGCUUCAGUCGUGGAUCAGUAUAGCACACAAAGUCGACAGUAAUUAU